GGAAGAUCGCGCCGCGUUGCCGAUGCGUCGGCGCUGCGGCUCGAUGUGGAAUCCGGUUUUCUCUACGCUCGCGGCGUCGAUGCAAUCCUGACGUCGCGAAGCGGCGCGAUCUUCGGACCCCAUCUGCUCGGACCCCAUAUGGGAAGGCUUCCAGAGGAGGGGGGGAUGAGGGCGAAACCCGCAAUCCCUGUCGCCUCACCUUCCCCGCAGGGUAUCCGACAUGCAGACCUGGACCACCGACGUCUCAGCACAGUUUUUGCCCUGCUCCGAUCUGGGCGCGGGCAUCAAGGACGCAGUGCUGAACAAACUGCGGUUGGUGGUGGACGACCCGACCAUCUUGUCAUGCCAGGACGUCGACUGGCGGCUCUGCUCGCAGCAGGACAUGUCGGAGCUGCGGGCGCUGUGCCCCGUGAUGUGCAACUGCAACCUACCCUCGGACAGGGGGGCGAUCACGGGCUUCUUCGGUCACCCGAAAUUUGGGUGCCCGGUGCAGUGCGCCUCGCAGGUGGCCGCUAAUAGUGAGCGGUACUACCUCGAGCACCUGGGCGACGACUAUGACCUCAAGUGCGCCGACUUGGAGUCAGACGACCUCAUCUACACUGGUGGGGAGUGUGUCGAUAGUGACUGGAACUCCGACGGCGACAAGUUCGGAGAGACGUGCUGGGCAGACAAGUAUUGGGAGGGGAACCACGCCAAUCCCAGUCACCCCUGCAAAGGGUCGCACGACGACUCUGACUUUACCGCUGGAACGAUGUGCUGUGAUUGUGGUGGCGGUAUCACCACUAAUAGCUCGCUCUCGUCCUAUUCGUGCUCGCAAGACUUAGGAGACGACUGCUUCUGGAUUGGUAGCGUUGCGCGUUUCUGGAUGCUCUAUGUCAAUGGCCUUUUCGAAUAUCUGACAAGCCAGAAAGGCUUCGAAGAUAUGAUCAUGGACAGCCUGGAGGACGACAUUCUGCCCAUACAAGCGCAACAUUAUGAUAUGCUGGUGGAUUAUAUCGUCACUGGUAGGAUGAAGCAGUCUUUGCUUGAACAUGAUUGGAAAUUCGCGCCCCAGCUUGAUCAUCCGCGUAACUUGGUCGGUUGCGAGUAUCUCACAUCAUGGGAGUUCAAGCUGCUGUUGAAUGUUGACCUUUGUUCUCCCCAAAGCUUUGCCUCCAUCCAGCGGCUCUGUCCCAAGUCGUGUGGCUGCGGCUCUGGUAGUUCGAUGCGUGAGUGUCCAAUGCAGUGCGUUGCUGCUACCAACAGCUCGACCGUCUGAGUUUCGUGAGGAUGAGAUUGUCGGAAGAGGCGGUGAUGGAGGUUGCGCUUCCUGAGGCAAGAGGAAGAUGGUCUUGUCAAGGCUGGUACAGUUUUGUGACGAUGGGACGCGACUGGUGUGCCACAGUCUUCUUAUUCGGACACAUUUCUACGUGCAUGCAUGCACUUAGGCAAACUUACACAUGUGCAUUAGUAUUUGGCGGUGCGAGAGCUUUGAGAAAGCAGCCACACAUCGGUAUAUCAAACAGUUUCGCUGUCUCACCUUGCGUGCAGUGUGUGACGCGUUUUGCGUGUGAGAUUAUGCAUGUGUAACACAUCGUAUAGGCAGACUGACAAGAUGACAGUUCGUGAUCAACUGCCUACUUGAUCACCGCUUCCUUUGCUUUGGCACAACUGAUUUCCUUCCCUUGGCGAGUCGCGUGUGCACACCGGUCUCUCCAGGAAUGAUUCUCAACCUUCUCUGAUGGUCCUCAACCUGCUGUUGCUCCUUCUCCUUCCCCUUUUCUCUCCCCCCCUCCUCCCGAUCCUCUCCUCUGAAUGGGGGUGGGCUCCACAUCAGAUCAGGUCGAAGGCCCGCUCUGGGCCUUCGGGCGCAACUUCUGCCCUGCCUGUGGCAGACAUCUGGAUAGCCUCGGCCCCCUGGCGUA